AUAAAAAGUGUAUAAAAAACAAUUUUCAAAAAUAUUGGAUUAAAAAAAAAACAACAAAAUGUCGCCAAAAAGUUGCCAACUAAUUUGUGGGUUUAGCAACCCCAACUGCAAACACAAUAUUACAAAAUGCAAACAUAACACCUACAACAAUAGCAACACGAAUUGCAACAGUAGCUACAACAAGUGCAAUAUUAUAGAACGUGAAGAAAUUAUUAAAAAUGUUGGACAAUAUUGUUACAGAAAAUUGUAUGGCUGCAAUGCCAAUAGAAAUUUUGGCAGAUGCUAAAGUCAAAGACCAUAAAAAACUUAGUGAAGAUAAAUUACAAAUUACAGCAACAACAAAUCCACAUGCUAACACAGCACCUAUAACAAAGACUAAUAAGACAAAGACUAUAUUAAAUUGGUUGAAAAAUAGCACCAGCAGUAAUAAUACAAAUAAUACAUUAACUUUAAAUAAAAAUAAUAGUAUUAAUAAAAAGAAUAGUGUUACAAGUGAUAAUAAACAGAUAAAUGAAUGCAGUCAUAAACAAUACGAUCAGAAAAUACAUGAAAAAGAAUCAGAAACUAAUUGUACGUGUCCAAACGUAAAAACACUUAAUAAUACAAAUUGUGCAAGAGAGAUAACACCAACAAAAUCCAUAGGUCACAAAGACGACGAUACUUUAAGAGAAUUUCGAGGCGUACAAACUUUGAAACAUUUUUGGAAUAAACGUAUCACUGCCAACAGAGAAUCUGCUCUAAAAGCCAAAGCCUGUAAACAGCAACAUUUUACUAAAUCGGUGGGUUGUUUGGUAAAUGCCAUCAACAGUACCGGGGAGCCACCACCAACAACAAACACAACUACAUCUGCCCACUUUAAUGAAACUGAACUUUUAAAAGCUCGUAAACUAAGAGCUUUAAGUUUGCAUGACUGUUCCCGAGUCUCACCAGAUUUUGAUGAAAUUUCUUUAUCAGACAUUGACAUACAAAAACAUUUGGAGAAAGAUAAUUUUUAUAAAUACAAAACUGCAGAGCAGGCCUCUAAAUUAAGGGAACUAAGUGAGCAUUCUACCCACAGAAAGUUGAGUAAUGCCAUAGUUUUACCGUCGGGUCAAAAGACAGAACGUUUCGAUUGGCUAAAACGUCAUGAUAAAUUUUCACGCAAAAAACCUAUAGAACUUACACUAACCCCCGCCUCCCAAUUGUUUACAGCGAAAAAUAGCAAUUCCAUUGAAAGUGAUAAGAGCCAUAAGCUUAUCACUGCAACUUCCGCUAUAAUUAACAACGAUAUUAUUAUCAACGAAUUCAAAAUGCAAACAACAAUACAAACAACUGCGUCUUUGCCAACGGCAAUGGGCCAAAAAACAUCAGAAGUUGCCAACAGCAGCAGUAACGUUAGCAGUGAAGCGUCUACACCAACACUUACCGAGGCACAAUCACCACAACAUGCAAUCAGUCGUCGUAGAGCAACAACAAGAAAAGAUUCAGCCAAAACUUUAGCUAGCGCUAGUAGCAUUAGUAGAGAUUCUUCUAACACAUCGCUAGCGGUGAGUGCUAAUAGUCAUAGAACGGUAGUUAAAAGAAAUUCUUCAGCUCGCAAAUACAGUUUCAAAACACACUCUCGUUCUUAUCAUGCGCCUCGAAAAAUGCACACCAAUAAAGAUUCGGUUAGCGGGGGAACGGGUACGGCUGCUAGUCCCCCCAAUAGUCUGGUGGCAAAAUUAACACAACAAUUUAAUGAAAUUAUACAGAAAGAUAAGACUUUAUUGGAGGAGAUAAAACGUAAAAAUGGAGUACUUAUGACCCACAAGGGUCAUGUCUACAAAGUGGUAGAUACUUCAUCUUUGAAUCGCAAUCAAUCGCCUACUGUUAGUCGUGCGAGUUCAAAGGCCCAGGAUUUGCAUACUUUACGUUCGUCUAGUUCGUCUUCGACGGUACAGAAAAAUAUCAAGAAAUUUGAAAGUGAAUCAAGGGGCCUAAAACCCCGAGUACCCCUAAAAAGUAUACAAGUGUUAAGGAAGAGUAAUGAAUUGGUUAUAAAUAAAACUAUAACCAGUUCUAGAUUGAAUAGCAACAAAAAUGAGUCUGAUGUUAAAACGGAAAUAAAACCUCAAACAUUGCAGUUGCCUUUAACAUUGGAAAUGGUAAAAGAAGAGGCCAAAACUCCGGUGGAUAAUAGCAAUAGUAAAGAGCUUAACCAGAUAAAAAGUGAGGAGAAAGAAACAGAUCAAUCAUAUUUAAUAAAUAAUAACAACAAAGAGGAUAAAAUUCCAAAGAACUUAGAUAAAUCGACAAAAGACUUUAUGGAUAUAUCCACUGAAGAUGUCAUAGUAUUGCCUCCUAAAAUAGAUAGUGUCAUAUAUAAAAGUAUUCAUAAAAAUAAACCGAAAAAUAAAGAUAAAACAAAAGAAAUUCCACAAGAACUCCAAGAUAACACAAAUCUAUUGAAUAAACAAGAUUGUACAACAAAAGAAAUAAUUCAUACUAAGCAACAGCAAGUGGAGGAAAAUGUUAACAAAAUAGAGAGUCAGGCAGCACUAAAUCAGGAUAAAGAAUCUGAGUUUAUCCUCGGUACUAAAGAAGAUCCAAGGAAAAUGGAAAUAAAAGAAAACAAUAAAGAUAUACCAAAGGAGGACAAUGAACUAUAUAAUAUAACAACAACAGACGCUUUAACAUCUUUAGUAGAGGAAAAUAAAACCACAGAAAACGAAACCAGAACUUUAGAAUCUACGACAGAAAACAAUACAUCUUCUGAAUCUCUAGAGCUUGAAGACAAAAGCAAACGCAAACAUAAAUAUGCCAAAAUCUAUGAAAAAUUAAGAUACUUUACACCUUUCUCCAACAGCAGUAAAAAACAAAAACUCAAUCCCACUAAUGCCAGCACUACAGAUGUUACCAAACUAGAAGACUCACCCGCUUUAACCAUUGACACCGCAAUAAUAAAAGACUCUAAAUCCAUUCCAUGUGAAAAUCCCCAACUGUUGGAAGCAGGAGAAUAUACACCGAUGAAUUCUCCUUCGCUCAAAAAGAAAGAAUUUGAACUAAACGAAGUGGUGUAUUCCAUAAUGAUCGAUUCAGAAGCCAAACUAUUGGAUGCUUUAGAUCAAGUAGAUAAAAAGUUACAACAUUUGUCUCAUGGCAACGAUGCCAUUUUGGAAGUGGAUGAAUAUGGUGAACCCUUAAAACCAAAUUCAUCAUUUCUGCAUCAAACUUAUGCCAAAGAGAUUGCAACGAAAUCAACCAGCGCAACCAUAAUACAAGCGGUCAAUGUGACUCUAGUCAAUGCCAUAGAGGGUGAACAAAUGAUCAUGGAACAAAAGGAGAUACAACAACAGCAGCAGCAACAUCAAAAGGAAAAACUAAUACAACAAUAUGAGAAUAAACCUUGUAGCAAACCUUUGCCACCUAUACCUCCACCCAAGAAAACAGCAGCAUCGAUAGAAGAAGAGGAACCAUUUUAUGAACCCAUAUGUAUAGAUAAAACAAUUGAACUUAAGACUGAACAAUCAUAUAAAAAUUGUGAACUCAACACUUCUAAAGAGGAAACUACCACUAUCCAAACUAAAAUCCCAGAAAUAGAGGAAGAUAUUUAUCAAACAGUAGAGGAAGCUAAAGAAGUUUAUGAUCAUUUUGAAUCCCUUCAAUCGUCAGAAAUUGUUAUUAAUUCAAUACAACAAUUAGAUGGCUACGAACCUAUAGAAAAUCCCGAAGAAGUCACACUGUUACCAAAGUGUGAAACACCUAAACCUGUACACUUUGAUGGUUACGAGGAAUAUACUCCCUCUGUGGUAACGACACCCAUAACACCUAAUACUAUGGGAGUACGUAAAGUGACAGAUGAACUGCCUGAUUUGCCAAAACCCAAAAGAAUUUUACCCUGCAGAACGGCACCUAAACCCCCAUUAACUAGACUGCAAAGUACUGAAGAAGAAUCUCUUACUUCCACCCCCUGUCUUGAACCACCUUAUUAUGGGGGAGAUGAAAAUAUAUAUGACACUAUUAAAGGCUCCCAUUGCUAUGAGUCCCUGCAAUGUGAGGGCAAUAAAUUACAAAAUUCUCCACCCUCCUUGCUGCGUAAUAAAAAUUCCGAUUGUAUUUCAUUAUCAUCCAAUUGCUAUGAAAGUAUUUCACAUUUUAAACGUACCAAUAUAGUGGGUCAUCAUAGUGGUGGCAGUAGUAGCGGUUCCACUCUAACUAUUUCUUCAGAGAAUAAAACAAAUAGCCUGUACGAGGACUCCUUAGCCUCUAGUCUGCAUUAUUCGAGUAAACGUAUCUAUCACAUGAAUAGUCAUGCUCAUAUUGACAUCAAUAAAUCAACGACAGAUGUAAAUAGUGUUAACGGUUAUGGUGGUUCCAUAGGUCGUACAACAGAUACAAGUGAUGAAUGGACUGAUGUUACAGACAAUGAAAAUGGGGAGGCAGUGAGUAAACCACAAUUUAUCAUUGUACGUGAACGUUCUAAGGCCCAUAAAAGUCCCGAUUGGUCUAGGAGAGUGCGUGAUAAACGUCAAAGGAAAUCGAAAAGUUGCAUUGAAGAUGAUGAUCCCGAUCAUUAUUACGAACAACUUUCACCGCAAACCAUCUCCAAGCGACACUCUUUGCUUGAGCAGACACGAAUGAAUAGUUUGCAAAGAAAUCAGGACUCGAUUCGCGUGUCUAAGCGUGGCAAAAAAAUGUCCUACUCAGCACAUGCACUGGGACAACACAUAUCAGAUGAUUCAUUUGAUUCCGAUACCGAUUACUAUGAAGAUGGUGAAAAUUUUAAAAAUUCCCAUAACGACAGUGGUGUUGAUAUAAGAACCACUAAAUUGCCAGAUCCUCCAACUUCAUCCAAUCAAAUGUAUUCAUUUGUUAAGAAAUUUAAGAAUUUCAUAGUGAAUAAGAAAUCUCCAAAUAGUUCUAAACAUGGUGGUAGUCAGCAAAAGAUCUAUGAUAGUUCAUCGCAAUUCUAUGCCGCAGGACAAUAUGAGGGAAAGCCGGAAACUACGGCAUUAGGAACAUCAUCUUCAUUACAAGUACCAGCCACCAAAGAAUUAAGUACUUCUGAAAAGAAUUUAAUAUUAGCUCAAAGUACGGUCUCUAAACCGGAACCUUUAAACACUUCUACUACACCGAGAAAAUCUAAAGCGGGUAAAAGUUUGAAAUCUCGCAUACGCAAGAGUUUAGUAGGAUUUGAUAAUAAACAAUUAUCCACAUUAACGCCUACCAGAAGUACCUUCUAUAUUGAGGAUCCAGCAAAUGACGAACAUAAUGGACAGUUGGAUUCGGGAUUUUCGGAAAAAGCUUUAUCGGGAGAACUGCCUACCACAACGUCUAUACCAACAGCAGAGUCACAAAGACUAUCAACUAUGGCACGUAAAUCUAAGAAGGAAUCUAAAUUAGCCAAUUCACAAAGAAGACGCACUACUAUUGGCAUUAGGCCUCAUGAGCCACCACCACCUCCGCCACCAGAAAACAACACUAAACCCAAACGUCAAAGCAAUACCUCCUGGUAUGCCGAAUGUGGUGUUUUCAAAAAUGGCACCACCAAUUUGUUACAAGAUGAUUCUCAAAUAAUAAAUAGUCAAAAUGGUAGUUCGGGCAGUAGUUUUGCGGCCGGUUCUACUUGGUAUGAGGAAGCUGGUUUAUAUCAAACCAGUGGCAUAUCAGUGGCCAGCAGCAGUGGCAGUUCCGGUGUUUCUACCAGCAAUGAAGCGGGACCGGCAGAUGAAAUGUCUCAUAGUAUGUUUAGCAAUGAACCUCUGUAUCAGAUCUAUAGUGCUGCCAAAUUAGAAGCCAUUUCACGAGAUAUGGCUGAUGAGAGUUCCACAGAUGGUUAUGAGGAAAUAGGCGAUCGCCUUAAGAAUGGCAAUGCUAAGGAAGGAACUCGUAAAUCUUCAAGACCUUCGGCUUUACAACUGGUGGAGCCCAAGGGAAGUCCCGAACGCACGUUGUGGAGUCAAAUACCAGAAGUUAUUAACUCGUGUAUAAUACCCACAAUGACCCCACGCGAACGAGCUUUAAUGGAGGCCAAAUUUGAAAUAAUUACUUCCGAAGCCAGUUACCUUAAAUCUCUAAAUCUCUUGCGCACUCAUUAUAUGAAUCAUCCCGUGUUUCGCGAUCAAAAUAUUGUUAGCUCGCGUGAUCGCAAAUCUUUAUUCGCUCACAUUGUGCCGGUACAUGAAUGCUCAGAAAAACUCCUAACAGAAUUGGAAUCCUGCUGGCAGGACAAUAUAAUGUUAAUAGGUUUAAGUAAACGCAUAUAUGCUAUAGCCGAAAAGCAUUUCCAUGUCUAUGUGGGAUUCUGCGAACAUCAAGGACGCAUGGAUCGUACCUUGAAACAUUUGCGUGAAGGCAAAGGACUGUUUGCACAAAAUUUGGAAUUACUCGAGUCAAGUCCGGCGUGCUGCGGGCUAAACUUGCAUUCAUUCUUAAUGUUACCCAUGCAGAGAAUAACAAGACUGCCUCUCCUAAUAGAUGCCGUUUUCAGUAAAUGUCAUCCCAAUGAUGAUGAGUAUGACAAUUGGAAAAUGUGUUUGGCCAUAAUGAAUAAAAUUGUAACGCAAUGUAAUGAGGCGGCUAACAAAAGUGAACAGGCCUUUGAAAUUGAACGAAUCUCCAGACAACUAGAAUUUAAUCCAUCUGUAAUACGACCUUUGGCAAUUGCACCAGCUGGUGUUUUGGCUCCCGGCACUAAGCCACGUUAUUUAGUUAAAAAGGGAGAGCUAACACAUCUGAUAUGGCGUGGAGAUGAUGCCAAGCUAACAUUUGGCAAAAAGUUUUCAAAGACUACAAUAUUUGCCUUUCUCUUUUCGGAUUUGUUGGUACUGACAAAACGUAAAGCAGAAGAACAGUUUUCGGUAUUUGACUAUUGUCCGCGCAAUAUGUUGACAAUAACUUCGGGUGACUCACUGCCACAAUUACCAACCAAAGAUUUAAAUAGUCAAACUAGUAAGAAUUUAAUUUUAAUGACUCUGCUAGAGAAUCAUGAACGUAAAACUGUGGAGUUGCUUUUGUCCUGUCCCUCAGUGUCGGAGCAAGAAAGAUGGUUACAAGCUAUGCGUCCUCCGGAAUCAGAAACUCCCGGUGAGAAACUAUAUGAACAAUGGGAUUGCCCUCAGGUCAUAGCCAAACACGCUUACGAGAAUAAUGAACCGGAUGUUUUAAAUUUAGAUGUAGGAGAUGUGGUAAAUGUCACACGUAAAUUGCCAGAUGGUUGGUAUAAGGGCGAACGUAUACGUGAUGGUGCUGUCGGUUGGUUCCCCGGUAGUUAUACUGAGGAGGUUAAUUCGGUUCAUGUAAGAGCACGUAAUCUUAAGCAAAGACAUCGUUUACUCACCUUUACCGCCACCUAUUUGGAAUCACAAAAACGCAAUAAAUGAUCAAAAAGUAUAUUAUCCCUGAGGAUAAAAUGUAGUUUUUAAAAGUCAACAUACUAUUAAGAUUUGUAUAGAAAACCCCCGAUUUGUGUCUUUAGUCCAAAAUAAAGUAAUAUUUAUAUAGAGUAUUUAAAAUGUAUGUAAUUGUCAUAAAUUAAAAUAAGCUUUUCAAAAUAUUUUUUAAUAUGUGUUGUAAAAUAUUUAGGAAAUUGUGAUAUUGAAAUUAUUAUAAAUUUUUAACUUUUUUUUAUAAAUAUUAAAAAUUAUGUAUGUAUUUAAGUUAAGGGUUGUCGAUUAAGUUGAGUCGUAAUAAAAUGUAUUCAAAUAGUAAUCGUUUAAUAAUUUAAAAAAAUUUGUUAAUUUAAUACAUUACGUUAAAACAAUUAAA